AUGAGGGAUGAUGCUGCUGCAGACCUCUCUGGCGGCGCCCUAGUUGCGACGACAUCAGACCCCAGCGCGUAUCACACGCCCUCUACAGGCGCGCCCUCGAAUGCAGCAAAUCCCUUGUUGAAAGGCCCCGCAACGCGCGGAUGGCUCAGCAAUGUGCGCCGACCGCGAACGAGCCCAGGGCCCAAAGCUUCAGCCCUGAGAAGGACGCAGGUGCUGGCCGACGACGAUGAUCGCAGAGACUCAGCCUUGGCGUCCUCGAAUUGCACCGCGAGAAGCAACGAGCCCUCCUCGCCCACCAGUCUGCGCAGGACUCCCAGUCUCCCUGCCAUUGUUGUCCAGGAUGAGCAUGUAGUGGGGUCGGGCAACCAGUCGCCGCACUGUUCACUGGACUCGAGCGGUGCAGGUGAAUCACCCUUUCAGGGCAUUGAUAUGGUUAUACCGACCGGCAGCUUCGACGACUUCACCUCACCCACCCAGAUAUCCUUCUCGAAGCGGGGCAGCAUGAUGUUGGGUGGAAAGAAGGCAAACAGGCGCAGUAAACAAAUCAACUUGAUUUUGGAAAGCGCGGAUGCGCCUACGCCUGCACCCAGCACACCACCUCGACCAGAAAGGCAAGAGCCACCGAAAGAACGACAAGAGCUCUCACCUCCUGCUGCGAUACCCAAUGCGACCCAUUUGUCCCCCACACCGCGCUCACCUUCGCGGUUUUCUGCGCGCGGCAGGGCUGGCCACCGAGUGCUCUCUGCGGACGAGAUGAUGUUAUCGCGCAAAGUGCGCUCCAUGUACAAACACGGGAACGAGAGUGACGUGAAUUGGGAUGCAGAUACAAGCAGCUUACCAGACACUUCGGUCGAUAACAGCAUUGCUUCUAAUAACCCAGCGAACGAAUCAAACCUGACCGUAAACCGCAAACGAGACGACUCAAGCUCUUUUGUGAGCUCAAGAGGAGACGACACCAUACCCAAAGAACCUACAGAGAGAGCAGGAGGGCUUGAGGAUUGGGCUGAUCUUGAGGGCGCUGAGGUUGACAGAUAUGGCUUCAUCGUCGCGAAGAAGCCAGGUUCUCGUGACAGUGCGAACGGAGGAUUGGAUGGACCUGACGAACCGCGCAUUCAACGAGUUUCAACAGCUCUACAACUUGUAUCGGAAGAACCACGACGAAGAGGAAUUGGACGCAGCGUAUCUCGAGCGCGGUCAUCUAAGUCUGCCGACCCUCGAGGAUCCCCACCGAAACGACGUGUGUCGCAGAAGUCAUCGAAGCAGACCAGGUCCAUCUUUUCCAACAGAACUUCAGGCACACGGACGUCACAUCAUCCACUGCGCUCGACUACAAACAGAUUACCUCAUAACAGAGAACGUCGAAUGUUGGACGAGGCGAGUGACAUGCUGAAGUUGCCACCAGGACUUGCACAGGUUGCCGAACAGCGAGAAGGCGGUAGGAUGGCCCGAUCGAUGAAGGCGAAAGAGAUCAAAAGAGAUGAGAAGUGGCGAGCAAUGGCUAAAGUGGUGAAGACUGGCGCAGAAAAGGGUGGUGGCAUGCUUUUCGAGUUCGACACCAAAGACCCAAAACUGGUCACUCGCACAUGGAAAGGCAUACCAGACCGCUGGAGAGCAACUGCCUGGUACUCUUUUCUCGCAGAAAGCGCGAAGAAAAAGCAAGACAGUCCUCCAGAGGAGGAGUUGAUCGACUGCUUCUAUGAACUCCAGGCAGAGAGCUCAGCCGAAGACGUGCAGAUCGAUGUGGAUGUUCCUCGAACCAUCAACAGACAUAUUAUGUUCAGGAGGCGUUAUCGUGGAGGGCAACGAUUAUUGUUCCGCGUACUCCAUGCCAUGUCUCUGUACUUGCCGGAGACAGGCUACGUCCAAGGCAUGGCGCCUCUUGCUGCAACCUUGCUCUGUUACUACGAGGAAGACAGAGCGUUCGUAAUGUUGGUCCGUCUGUGGAUGCUUCGAGGCCUGGAGCGACUCUACGAGUCUGGGUUCUCUGGCCUGAUGGACGCUCUGGACGACUUCGAAAAGAAUUGGCUGCGUGGUGGAGAUGUAGCCAAAAAGCUGGACGAAAUGGGCAUUACCUCGACCGCCUGGGGUACUCGUUGGUACCUGACUUUGUUCAACUAUUCUCUGCCGUUCCAGGCCCAGCUGCGUGUCUGGGACGUUUUCAUGCUCUUGGGCGACGCCUCCCAUUCUAACUCCUCAACGUCCAAAUUCAGCGGUGAUCUGGAUGUGUUACAUGCAACAUCUGCAGCGCUAAUCGAUGCAACGAGGGAGAUCCUGCUGGAUUCAGACUUCGAGAACGCCAUGAAGGUGUUGACAUCCUGGAUCCCAAUCAAAGACGAAGACCUUCUCAUGCGCGUGGCAAAGACUGAAUACAAGUUGCGAAAGAAACGAGCGAGUGCUUGA